AUAUUAUUUUGUUAAAUCAUGUAGCGGUAGUUCCUGCAACUGUACGGGCGGGAGUAGGUAUUUAAUAAUAGUCAAAAAUACUCGUUUAAACAUACUAACGAGUUCAAGCUAUUUGCAGUAAUUACUUACAAAACACCUCCAUAUGAUGCGUGCGUAGCAUGAUAGUAAAUGAUCAUUCUAUAUAAACGAAAAGGAGAGUAAUUAUUAUGGGCCUUUAUUAUUACUGACAAUCCCCAUAAUAAACAGUUGCAUCUUGAAUGUGAACAAUUACCAGUUAUUCUGUAGAAUCUGGUCAUUAGUAUACAGUCGAAAAUGCCUUGAAUGCCAAGUGGAAAAGGUGUUGGAAGAUUCAGAUUCCAAAUAGGUACUAUUAGUUUCUUAUCUGAAAACCCAUUUGUAAGAAAAUGUUCACUCGGAUCCAAAACCCAUGACUGAUUAAAAUUGAGGUACAAGUCCGUACAGAUGAGGUGGUAGGCUUUGACAUAACCACGGAAGUAAGGAAUGGUAAAACUUAUGCAUCAUCUGACAAUGUAGUAUUCUGAAAGAGCUUCCGAUCACUGUAAAAAUAUCUACAUGGACAGGUAGCUAUGUGUGCUUUUCAGAUUCUUAUUCUUCCACAACAUAAAUCAAAAUGACAAUCCAAAUGUGGUUAAUAACCACAAUAUUUCUUUUUACUGGUGAUCAAAUUGUGCUUAAUCUGUAACCUUCGCGUUCAUACAAUAGUAUACACUUUACGAAAACAAAAUGUCUUGGAAUGAAUGUUCUUACUUGGUACAGUUUGGAUGUAUUCUAUCGAUGACUACAAAAUCCAUAAAUGAGUUGCAGACAGUAGUGAAAGAAACCUGUAGGCCUAUAGGAAAAACGAAAUUUCUGGUGGAAAAAAAUUGCAGUGUGUUUUGUGUAGAAUGUUGUCUUAUAUGAUGCUCAGUCAUAGACAGUGUGAAACUUAAAGGGCAGUGCUUUCUACACUUUGGUGUCUUGAAUAUAGAAUGUGUCAAUUGGAGGUGGAAAAUGAGGACUGUGAAGCUACUAAUAAGUGUAAAUGAAGAUACACAGUUAAUAAGAAUAGCCAAGAGUAAGAAAAGAAACAGUCCGAGAUAUUCAGUGAGAACAAACUACACAGUGGUGCUUCAGAAGAAACUGAAAAUUGACGAACAAUGAAAGGAUAGAAGGUACCACAUAAUAUAUGACAUAAAGAAAGAUUCAUGGUACUUCAGAACACAAAGAUUGUUGGAGAAGAAGGUGGAUUGAAAAGCUUGCAGUGAAAUACAUGCCCAUUCCAUAUACAUUUUUAUCUAAUACUGCUUCACCAACUCAGAACCAGACUGUCACCUUUCAAUCUAACCAAGUCAUCAGGCAAUGCUAGAGAUCAUUCUGUUGCCACAAUUUAGGCCUGCAUUUUUAAAAAUGAUAGAAAUGGAGAAAGUUUGGUUUGUUUUAUUUCUGUUUGUAUUAUACAACAAGAUGAAGCUGACAUUAUUUUUUCAGUGGGCGACUCAAUAUAAUCAUUGCUACAUCCAGAAAGAAGUUGCAGGUAAUGGAAAAUUGAAUGUGUGAGGCAGUUCAUGGUACAAGCUUGGAUAGUUGUCAGUAACAACACUGCCUGUGAAAAAAAUACUCAUUCUGAGCGUCCAAAUUAUUUAAUCUGGAAAACGCACAGAUUUUAUAUGAAUUGCAUAUAAUUCAUAGAUGCAGCAAUGCUACUUAUUAGAUGAAAGUGAUGUUAUUACAUCAGCUAGAGAAGCCAGUCAGACAAUGGAGUGCUUAAAAAGUAUGUGUGCCUAGUGAAUUUGGCAAUAGUCCUAAACACACUCUUCUACCAAAACCAUGUCAAAGCGUAAAGGAGUAAGUGCUGAGGAGAAGCGAGUGCGAGUACUGCAAAUAUUUUAUGAGAAGAAAGAAUUUUUUCAGUUAAAGGAAUUGGAAAAAAUUGCACCCAAAGAGAAAGGUGUCAUUGCUCAAUCAGUCAAGGAUGUUGUUCAGAGCUUAGUAGAUGAUGGUUUAGUUGACACUGAUAAAAUUGGCACAUCAAUCUAUUUUUGGGCAUAUCCCAGUAAAGCAAAACAUUCAAGGAAACGGAAAUUGACAGACUUGAGCAAUAAGCUUGAGGAAACAAACAAGAAACUUAAGAAGGUGAAAGAAAAUGUUGAAACUGCAAACCUUGGUAGAGAAGAAUCAGAUGAAAGAACCAUAAUUCUGGAAAAUAUAGCCUCUCUUAAAACAGAAGAGGCUCGACUUAAAGAUGAAAUACAGAAGUAUAAAGAUUCUGAUCCAGAAGUUUUAGAACAAAUGAAACAACAAAUACAGGUAGCAAAGGAUGCAGCUAACAGGUGGACGGACAAUUUGUUUGCAAUUAAAUCGUGGUGUAAAAAUAAAUUUUUUAUUGAAGGAAGUGUGCUGGACAAGCAGUUUGGUAUUGAUCCAGAGAUGGACUACCUAAAUUAAUUCAGCUGGCUGAAUUCAGUGUAAAUAAUAUCUGUGGUGUACUGUAACUCCCUACUUCAGAGUAAAGGGUUAGAUAUUUGUGCCUCAGAGUGAGGAAUAUAAAGUAAUAGUGUUGUACAAGCCAACACAAUAUCUCAGAGACAAUGUCCAGAUUUUUUUUGUGGUUUUAAUUUUGUUUAACUAUUGCGACAAAAAUGUAUAGUAUGGAAUGUGUUGUGAAUAUAUGUAUUGUAACUGUUAUUGUUUGUUAGAAUUAAACAGAUCAGAAAAAAAGGCAUAAUUGAGAUUAUCAUGGAAUAUAUUUAAGUGUUUUUAAAAAUAUUUUAAUUAAAGUUUAUGAGGACUGAAAUUUCCAAUAAUUUUGCAAUAAAUCAAUCACCCAUUCUCCAAGA